GACACAGGGAUGAAAAUAAGAUGCCAAACAUGGCGUUGAUGGUUUAUCCAUCUGCAAAAGCUUUCAGUCUUCCGCCGCCGGUGGAAUCCCGUUUCAGAGAAUUAGUGAUAAGGAACGCAGCGUCGAACAUGGCGGAGAAUGUGCCGAUCCGGCCGGGAUCGUCGUCGAAGCUGAAGGAGUUUCCGCAUCUGUCGGCUUCUCACAGAGCUCUGAUGACUGAUCUCGUCGGCGCUGCUGAAUCUCGACUCGAAGAUCAUCUUCUUCCUUGCACUCUUCCUCCUGAUGUUGAAUACUUCCAGAAUCAGAACGGGACUUCGCAAGGCGCUCUUCUCAUCAGAUCUGGCUCGCCGGACUCUUCUGUAUGUGUCUCUAUGUCUCUGUCUCUUAAGAAAUUUAGAUAAUCGAACUGUUUCGAGUGUACUCUGAUCUGCUUCCAAUUUUAGCGUUCCGGAAUUGAGGAUUUAAA